CUAGUUGAAAUACAGUCGCGUUCAGAACCUAGAGAGCCGCAGACAUGCGGGGCAGCACCGCCGGCCUAGCGGACACUCUCGCCAGUGGCUCCCGCACACAUGCCGUGCUCCUAGAGCUCUCCGACGCGCUCUUCGCGAGCAUCGUCGUCGCCCCCGCCGUGGUCGCCUACUGGAAGGCGACAUGGACGCUCAUGGACUUGUACGUUUUACCGGAAAACAGUGUCGGCUCCGCGGCGGUGUGCACCGCCUUCGGAUUUUGCUGUGACUUGUUGUUCUGUUUGACACAGAACCAGUUGAGCAAGUACUUGUGCCCGGACCGGGGCAGGUUGACGUAUUAUGUGUUGUCGAGACUGUAUACUUGCCUGGCCGGGGUGGCGUGUGUCGGGGCGUGGCGGGGGGCGUGGAACCUGCUGAACGAGUGCACGGGCGACAGCGCCAAGACGCUGCUGUCGACGACGGCGGCGGCGACGCUGUCGCUGGCGGCGCUGCGCUCGCUGCGCAACAUCUGCGCGGCGCCCUUCGCGGUGGCCGUCGAUACGCCACAGGAUUACUUUGACGUCCCCACCAUGUUUAGAACGAGUACACGAGAAACGGCGUUGUACGUGCUGGACUGCGUGUUCUCCGUCGCGGUAGUGGGGUCCCUGGUGGUGUUCGUGUGGCGCGGCUCCUGGGCGCUGCUGGACAUGUUCCUGUUCCCCGACGACCAGCUGUGCUCCUGCUGGACCUCGCUGUUGGCAGGCUACGCGCUCGUGGUGGCGACGUUCGCACUGCAGGCGCCGGUGCGCUGGGCCGCCUCGCGCCUGCGCGGCGCGGCGCGGCUGUUGCUGGCUGACGUGUACCACCUCGUCUCCUUCCUGGCCACCGUCAACGUGUGGCGUGGCGUGUGGGGACUGCUGGAUAUAUACCUGUUCCCUGAUUCUCCAAAAAUCAGCAACUGGUGCACACACAUAGUGAGCCUCACGCUUCUCAUACUCCUGAACUGCUCCAACUCCAUAAUAGUGCGGGGCGUGUACAUCGACGGCGAGGAGCCCGCCGGCGAGUGCGUGGUCUUCCCCUGCCACUAUCUAAGGCUCUUCUUCCACAAGGAGAGGACCAAAAAGAGACACAGGCAAGCGCUCGCUGCGGCCGCCCUUGCGGCCAACAGGAAGAUAGAAGAAGCCAGCGUACCCUUACAAAUGCCAGAAGAAAAAGUAUAGAAAAGGCAGCCAUCGUUACACCCAAUCUUUUUUAAGAUAUCGGUAAUUGACGAAAGGUCGAGCUUAUUAAUGUUAAGUAAUUGUUGUUUAGUUAUUACGAAUUUGUAGCAGUCAGUUACCCAGUGAAACAAAGGAAUAAGUACCAAUUGUUUAUAUUUAUUUUGUUCUUUACAAUGUUGUCCUACCAAAAUAUCCCAUAAAUAUUGUAUGUAAUUCGAUUUCGUUGUGUUUGCGUCUAAGAAGAAGGUACUCAAUUAACAUUAGGUACGAGGUUUUAAUAGAAAUACAGUCAGUCUCUUCAGAACCAAUUUAUAAAAAUAUUUUUUUAUUGAAUAUUGAACCUAGGCAUGGUGAUUACAGAUCUAAUAACUAGAUAGGUUACUUUAUUUUUAAUUUACCAGUUAUAGUUUGUAUUGACUAAAUUGGUUGUAUGUUGCCCGGGUUUGAACAAAACAUUGUGGUUUGUGAGAUUUUAUGCUUAUAAGUAGGUUUUUGUAAAUAUUAUCUAUGAAAUGUAAUUGUAAGGUACAAAUUGUUCUUGUUUCUCAAGAGAGCUCGGUACUAUGUACUAUUUGAGUAUAAGAAGUAUGUACAUGAGAAAUUAAAAUUCUUUAAAAUAAUCUAACUGGCAAAACAGUAUUUUAUAGAGUAUUAUGGUAUUAUCAAUGACAAGUUUUAUCAGGGUAGAUACCAACAAUCUAAAAGACUUCAAACAUUAUUCCGAUAGACUUAUAUUGACCGGGAUAUAGACCGUGAUUACCUUUCUGAUUUUUUUGUAAAUAUAAGUCUAAUAAAAAUAACCGUGAAUCAUUCAAAACUCUUAUUAUUCCGAUACUUUAAUACCAUUCUAUAAACGCAAAUUAUAUCCACCAUUUUAUAUAUCGUUAUUUUCUGGAAAAAGUGAACUUAUUUUAGUAAUAGUUAUUUGUUAUACAAGGGGGCAAAGUUGUAUUUUAACGCCGAGUGUGGAAUUGAAAAACGAGCAAGUGAAAGGAUUCUAUAGUUGAACCACGAGCGAAGCGAGUGGUUCGAGAAU